CUCUAUCAAUCAAGUCUUAAGAAGUGAACGGCUUGUUAAAUUAACAAGUUACAAAAUAGAGUACUUAGUCGUAGAGUUUUUUUUUUUGUGAAAAUUAGUUGUGGAGUUAUAAUUAUUAAAAUUUUAAAGUGUAUGUAUAUGCAUAAACCUCCAACAGAACUAUUUUUUUUUUAGUUUUGCCAGCCCUCUAAAACAACUAUCUGUGGGCGUUAAAACUGCAUGUGGUUAUAUGAUAUUAUAUAUUAUUUAAAUCUUUCGUCUUUUUAUCUUAGAUCAUUUCCAAUGUAUUUUGCUAUUUUCAUCUUUAAAAUAGAGGAACUCUAUAAUAGAGAUGAGAUAUGCUCUAAUGUAUUCCCAUAAAAUAGCAAUCUCUAAAUGUAGAGUAAAAAAUAAAGGAAUGCUAUUUCUUUCUCUAUAAAUAGAGGAAAAAAUAGAGAUCUCUAUUAUAGAGGAAGAAAUAGAGGUGAGUUGGAGCAAUUUCACUUUUAAAUGUUAUUAUAGAGGUGGAAAUAGCUAUGGAUUGGAGAUGCUAUUAAUCCCACAAAAAGUCUUUGGUGGAGAAAACAAAUCCAUUAAAAUCUUCAUAUAGAUUUCUUUCAUUAUUUUAUCCAUUAGUACCAAAGUCCCUCUCUCUUUCUCGUUGUCUUCUUAGCAAUAGAAUUAUACUUUAAUUCCUCAAAACUUGCUUGGUCCGUAACUCAAAGCUAGAUGCAGUUUUAAUUUUAUUUUCCUUUUCGAAUAUAACCCCCUUUUUUACUUCUCCUCCAUUUGCAAGCUCAUAGACAACUCUCACCAUAGAGAAUUAAUCUUAUAAGAAAAAGAACACAAAACAAUCCAAUGGGUGUGGUAACAGAGUCACAGUUCCAUGUUUUGGCGGUUGAUGAUAGUCUCUUUGAUCGGAAAAUGAUAGAGAGAUUGCUGCAAAAGUCUUCCUGUCAAGUAACUACAGUUGAUUCAGGCUCUAAAGCUCUCGAGCUUCUUGGUUUGAGAGAAAGCAAUGAGAGUGACGACCCAAAUGCUACUUCUACAUCACCUGAAGUUGAAAUAAAUCUUAUAAUUACAGAUUACUGUAUGCCUGGCAUGACUGGUUAUGAUUUGCUCAAGAGAGUUAAGGAAUCAGCUGCAUUUAGAAGCAUUCCCGUUGUAAUAAUGUCAUCUGAGAACGUUCCUGCUAGAAUCUCCAGAUGUCUGGAAGAAGGAGCUGAGGAGUUUUUCUUGAAACCAGUAAAGUUAGCUGAUCUCACCAAGUUGAAACCUCAUAUGAUGAAAACCAAGUUGAAGAAAGAAAGUGAAAAACCAGCAGAAGAAGUGAAACCGGAGAUAGAAGAAGAAGAAUCGCCAGUGAUUGAAAUCUUGACUCUCCAUCAAGAACUUGAAUCCGAGCAACAAGAACCAAUGUUGAGUAAUAAUAAGAGGAAAGCAAUGGAAGAAGCGAUAUCUACUGGUCGAUCACGUCCUAAAUACAACGAUAUCACAACAUCAGUCUGACUGGGUGUGAUCUGAUAAGUUUUUUCUCAAAACUUUGCUUCAGAGUUUUUGUUAGGUUAUUUGUAGGAAUGCUUCUUCUGGUAGUAAAUACAGGUUGCCAUAAAAAUGAAGCAGGGGGGGGGGU